GAUAUUUGCAAUCGGGGUGGACGUGGGAGUCAGUGGUUUAGGACUCUAUGUGUUUGGCACUAUUUCGCUGAUUAUUUCCCACUAAAACUACUUAAAACACACGAUUUAGAUCCUGGUAACAAUUAUUUAUUUAUUGUUCACCCGCAUGGAGUGUUAAUUAUGUCAUGUAUUGGUAAUUUUGUCACACAAAGCACAGGAUUUUUGAACUUGUUUAAAGGCUUUAACAUCAGGGUAGUUACGCUUGACAUUAAUUUCUGGCUCCCUAUCCAUCGAGAUAUAUUUCUUUUCUUAGAAAAAUUCAUAAAACUACUAAUGUAUUAUUGCAUUUAUCGCACAUAUAGUGAGAGCAGCAAUCAAGUGGUGGCGCUGGUUGUUGGCGGGGGUCGCGAAUCACUGGACGCCAAACCAAACACAAUGAAUCUGUAUUUGAAAAACCGCAAAGGAUUUGUCAAAAUAGCCCUCACGACCGGCACAUCUCUGGUACCGGUGCUCACGUUUGGCGAGAAUGAGAUCUACGACCAGAUAGUGUUCCCAUCGGAGUCUCGUUUCCGGCGAUUCCAGGAAUGGCUAUUGAAUAGAUAUUAUUACACUUUACCUGUUCUUAAGUCAUACUUACCAAACAGACAUCCCGUUAUAACCGUGGUUGGAAAGCCUAUAUCUGUGGCCAAAGUAGAGAACCCGUCGUCCCAACAGAUCAAUGAACUCCACAACAAAUAUAUCGAUAAUUUGCGUCAAUUAUUCAAUGAAAACAAAGAUAAAUACGGAUUGAAUGAAUUGAAACUUAUUAUAAAUUAAUGUUUUUACCAUUGUUUUUUAAUUAGUGGUUUAUAAUAAAUAUAGUUUAUCUAAACAAAAACAACC